CGCGAUGACAGCGCCAACUAGCGGUUACGAUUACGGCGGACUUUGAAAUGUCAAAUGGCUGGAUGUCAUUACAAAGAGUAAGUAAACAAUCAAAUAAUUUCAAUGAAAUAUCGUAAUUUACAUAUAUUCUAUUCGAUCAUUGACAUCUAUAGUGUCGAUAAUAACGUUGACCUUUUUUAUUUCCCGUCUAAAAUGGCACAAUCAAUAAAUUUCAGGUAGCACACACGGACUUUCUCAUGGCGGACUUCACGAGAAUUAAACAUGGCCAAAUUAAUUAUAAAAACUGGAUUUCGAGCAAUCACUCACGACAUCGCUUUCCAACCACAAACAACAAUAAAAGGAAAACAAUUAGUCUUGGCUCAACAUGUGCAAGAUGUAAAAGAAGUCAAAUGUGAAGAUCAAAUGAACCACACCAUCGGAGCUCGUGUAAUUCGUCAAACUUCUGUGACAUCGACGCCAUACACAACAUCCUUGAAUAUUGAUUCUAGUCGAUAUGUUACGAGCGGAAAGUGUGAUUGUGUGUACAAUCAGAGUGGCAGAUGUAAGCAUAUUGCGGCUCUGAUAUAUUACAUCAACCAUGAAGAAAGCUUCUCGAAAACUAGUGAAGAGCAGCAAUGGGGUAGACCUAGUGCCAGACAGUUCGCCAAAGAAAAGUACUCAAAAGGGAAAUACUUUGAUGAAAUGUAUCCACCGGCAAAGAAAAUUAGGUGUGAUCCUUUGCCAUUAGAUGUUUCUGAAUUGAAGGGAAAGUCAUCAUUAAAGCUAAUAAUGGAAGCUCAUGCUUUGUGUUUUAAUAAAGAAGAAAAUGAUGAAUGCAUUACCGAAGUUGUUAAAAAUUUAGUUGACCAGAUCGCCUAUUCCACCUAUCCCUACCGCGAUAUCCCCCCCAGUGGGGAUAUGUGGAAUAUUUUUCCAUCUAUUUCUACUAGUAGGGAUACUUUUCCAUCUAUCCCUACUAAUUGA